AUGUCUACCCUCAAUGGUUCAACAAGUCCUUGCUCGAGUAGUAAGGGCUUUCUCUAUGCAUUGCUUAAUAGUUCUUUCUCGUUCUACUUGUUCUCUUACCAAGUGCAUGAGAAGUCUAUUCUCCUUCCGCUUCUGCCUCUUACCCUAUUAGCUUUGGAAGAGCGUCGCUCCAUACUCUGGCUAACACACUUUGCAAUGUUCUCUAUGCUUCCCCUUUUACAUCGGGACAAACUGAUUCUACCGUACAUGGCACUUUAUGCUCUUCAUCCUUGUCUAUUUUGCACCUGGUGGUCCAGGGGGGCGAUGCAACGGAAGCAAGAUUCUCGAUCAUAGCCAAAAGAAGACCAGGA